AUGUCACACGGCCGAACAGAGUUUAGUAAACUGCGUUGUCCCUCACACAACUGUUACGUCACCUUGAAUAGGAGUCUUUUUAAAGAUAUAAGAGACUUUGACGUCAUAGCGUUCAACGGCAAAGAUCUUACCGAAGACGAUUUACCUCAAAAACGAGCGAAGUAUCAAAAAUAUAUUUUUUUCAAUAUGGACAGUAGCGCUAAUCAUCCUGUAGAUGAAAAUAUAUUUGAUGGAUUCUUUAACGCAACAGCUACUUAUAGACUAGAUUCUGACAUUCCCCUACCGCAUUUACUUAUUAAAGAUACGGAAGGCAAUGAAAUUGGGCCACAGAAGGAAAUGUAUUGGGUACCCGAGGAAGAAGUAGAUCAUAAACUAGUUUCCACUAGUAUUUUAAAGCGCAAAGAUAGAGCGGCAGCCGUAUAUUUAUCAACUUGUCGUACUUUAAGUGGAAGAGAACAGUUAGUAGCCAAUUUGCAGAAAGAACUUAAACUGUUUGGAUUAGCAGUUGAUGUCUACGGCCCAUGUGGACCCUUCAAAUGCUCUAAGAAUGUCGAGAAAUGUCGUCAAAAAAUGACGAAGACGUACUAUUUCUAUUUGGCCUUCGAAAAUUCCCUGGAUAGAGAUUAUGUGACAGGGAAGCUAUUGGUAGCCCUACAAAAUUAUGUGGUUCCUAUUGUGUUUGGAGGGGCAAAUUAUAGCCGUUUCCUUCCACCUGGAUCAUAUUUGGACGCUAUGAGACACUCGCCAGCGAAUCUAGCAAAAACCAUUGAAGAUUUGCUCAGCUACCCUAAUAAAUAUCUGCAGUACUUUUGGUGGAAAAAAUUCUACACAUAUCACAAUCCUAAAGUUCGGGAAAAUAUAUGCAAUAUUUGUGCCACGAUGGGGCUUCGCUGGUACUAA